CUUUCUUUUACUAUCUCAGAGGGCAGUGAACAACAUUUGUAUCGUUUGUCCUUGAGGGAUGAUUAACUAAAGCCUUUCUCGUCAAACUCAAAAGCACAGAGUGUUUGUUCGUCUCUCUAAGGGUGACACAAAGAGACACUACAGAAACGACAAGCCCGCUCUACAGGACUAAGGAACUCUAGGACACUGCUGUUUGGGAACAUUAUUAUAGCCACUGUAUUUGGAAAUCCAGGAUCUGUUGAGAACAAACUUUCUGCACACUAAGGAGCCUGAGGUCUUCAGAAACAUUUGGACAUUUCCAGGACUAUGGCUACAGGACAAUGAUGUGCAGAGGAAAGAUUUGUGCGUCUCUCCCAUAGUAACAUGGAUACAAUUGUUUCAUUUGAAGAGUUACUAUGCUAAUUGCAUUCACUUUGCAAGCAUUUUUUAAGAAAUUACAAGAAUUAUAUUGACCAUUUAUCUAAGAUUAUUGAUGAUUGAUGAUUGAUUGAUAUUGAACUUAGGGUUAUUAAUUGGAGGUAUAAACGCAUCCUGAAACACGUUCUUCUGAUCUUGAAAACUUGAAGGUAAAAAAAAGUCCUUUUGAAGUUGCAAGGAGGUUGCAAACCCUUUCAUUGGUUCUGUGCUGAAGUGCUGAGCAGCACGAUGACAGGCGGGGGCCCAGUGGCUCUCUUCUCUGUGUGGGACUAUGUGGUGUUUGCCGUCCUGGUGGUGGGGGCCGCCGGCGUGGGGCUCUUCCAGGCCAUCCGCAGCCGCAAGAACACCAGCAGUGACGAGUUCCUGCUGGGCGGCCGGCAGAUGACCGCCGUGCCAGUGGCCAUGUCGCUCACCGCCAGCUUCAUGUCGGGCAUCACUGUCAUCGGCACUCCGGCCGAGUCCUACCGCUACGGCACGGCCUUCUGGCUGUUCGCCUUCUCCUACGCCAUCAUGACCGUAUUCAGCGCAGAGGUGUUCGUCCCACUUUUUUAUCGACUUGGGGUCACCAGCACGUAUGAGUAUCUCGAGAUGCGCUUCAAUAAAGUGAUAAGAGUGAUUGGAACCAGCAUGUACAUAAUUCAAACAGCCCUGUACACAGGCAUGGUGAUCUAUGCUCCAGCACUUGCCCUUAAUCAAAUCACAGGGCUAGACCUGUGGGGUGUGCUGGUGGCAACAGGGGUGGUCUGUAUAAUCUACUGCACCUUGGGCGGUCUGAAGGCGGUGAUCUGGACGGAUGUGAUCCAGAUGGUGAUCAUGCUGGCGGGGUUUGUGGCGGUGAUAGCGAGAGGGGCCGUGCUGCAGGGAGGCCUGGGGAAGAUCUGGAAGGAUGCCCAGGAAGGGGGAAGACUGGACCCUUUUGACUUCAACCCAGACCCAACCCAGCGCCACACCUUCUGGACCAUAGUGGUGGGGGGCAGUCUCAUGUGGGCGUCCAUCUACUCCAUCAACCAAUCUCAAGUCCAGCGCUACAUCUCCUGUCGCACCAUGACCCACGCCAAGAUGUCUUUGUAUGUGAACCUGGUUGGCCUCUGGGUGACUGUGUCCCUAGCUAUGUUCUCCGGCCUUACCAUGUACUCCAUUUACAAGGACUGUGACCCUCUGACCAAUGGCGAUGUGAACAAUAUGGAUCAGCUUCUGCCGUACCUGGUAAUGGACAUAUUAGCAGAAUUCCCAGGAAUCCCAGGGUUGUUUGUGGCAGCAGCAUACAGCGGCACGCUGAGUACGGUGUCGUCCAGCAUCAACGCCUUGGUGGCUGUCACCUUGGAGGACUUUGUGAAGCCAGUGCUGCCAAACCUGACUGAGAAACAGGUGUCCUGGAUGAACAUGGGGCUAAGUGUCUUUUUUGGUGGAGUAUGCAUUGGGAUGGCAGCAGUUGCUUCGCUGAUGGGCAAUAUCUUGCAGGCUGCGCUGUCAAUCUUUGGAAUGAUAAGUGGACCACUGCUUGGACUAUUCCUUCUGGGCAUGCUCUUCCGUUGUGCCAAUUCAACGGGAGCACUGACCGGACUGGUUAUUGGCCUGGUCAUCAGCCUCUGGGUGGGCAUCGGAGCACAGCUCUACCCCCCUGGUCCAGACAAGACCAACCCCCUCCCUCUCAGCACAGCUGGCUGCUUGGUGGACUCAAACCUCACCACUUUGGCUCCAUGGACAACUACAAUACAUCUGACCACGCCGGCGCCCAGGCCACCCCUGGAAGACUGGUAUUCCCUGUCUUACCUGUACUUCUGCCCCGUGGGCACGAUCAUCACCAUUGUGGUUGGCCUGGCAACCAGCCUUGCCACAGGUGGAUGCAAGAAGGAGAAGCUCCGUCCAGAGCUCUUCAUCGGAAAGAGUGACCUGAUCUGCUUCGGCUGUACCAGAGACUCCACACAGACAUCUGAACUUAUCGAGAAGAUACAGCCUGAUGGCAAGCAGGGAAUCGACAACCCUGAGUUCUGCGACAUAGAGCUAGAGACAAAGGAGAAGGACAUGGACAAGAUCACACAGUUCUAAAGGACCAGGACCAGGACCCCGCAGAACCGUCUCAGAGCUGACUCCAAAGCUGUUUUGUCAUAGAACCCUGACACGCUAAGUGUGUCAGUUAAUCAUUACCCAUGAUUCUUUCCUGUAAAUGAAACAGAAUUGCACUAUUGUCUUCCUGGAGCAUACACUGUACUUUGACCCUAGGGCGUGUUUUUCCACACAGAUGCACAAACAUAUCAGAGGUGUUGUAUACUUCAAUGGCUAUGUAUUAUUUCAUUUUUGUGUUCAUUUAUUGUAAAUUCUGUGUAAUUAUCAUGUGUUUUACGGGGGCGAAAUAAUUUCAUCAUAAAUGUUUUAUAUAAUAUUUAUUUUAUCAACAUUAAAUUUGGGAAAAAGUUUUUGUCUCGUAUUACUGAAUUAAAAGACUGCUGUUGGCAUGGUGCUGCUCUGUGCAAUCCCUAGAGAGCAAAUCUAACGCUUCCCCAACUCCUUCAAGGCUUAUAAUGCUUCAGUGUGAAUGGGUAUUGGUGUACAACCCAGACAGUGCUUCCAAACACAAACAAGUUUGUCUUGAAAAGUGUGUAUUCUGCAGAAAUUAAACUUAAGAGAGUGAAACUUACUUGUACACAAACUCAGCAAGAAGCACGGUGUGACUGACAAAGCUGUGACCGUGACAACCAGCCCACACAGGAAGUUUGAGCACAGCACAGGUCCACCCACCUGGCUGGCGCAGUGACGUGACGUGAAGAGAGCUGUGCGCAGCAGUCUCCCGGUCUUUAGGGAGUGGAGGAUAAUAAAGUAAGAGGUCGAGAGGGGAAAAGGACAACAGGAGUGCUAAAUGAGGUGUCAAGUUCCUGGUUGGACUUUUCUAGGCAGUUUCUGUUCACAGAGUUUUCACACAGCUUUUACAAGAUGACGAUGAUGAAGAUAGUCAUUCAAAGGCUUCUUCUCUUGAGUUGUGUAUUAAUUACUCUUACGGCUAGUGCUCAGGCCGUGCUCAGCUCCAGUUCACCUGUCAGUACAACUGUGACAACGACGACAUCAGGCAGCACAAGCGAGGUGUCCCCCACCAUGCCCCCAACGUCCACUACCAUGCCCCCAACGUCCACCACCAUGCCCCCAACGUCCACUACCAUGCCCCCAACGUCCACCACCAUGCCCCCAACGUCCACCACCAUGCCCCCAACGUCCACUACCAUGCCCCCAACGUCCACCACCAUGCCCCCAACGUCCACCACCAUGCCCCCAACGUCCACUGGUCAUAAUGACUCGACAACAGUCACUUCUCAGCCCAGCUCAACAAAGACGCAGCCGCCCACAGCCACAACAGGGAGUACAGCGGUUCAGACAACACAAUCCACCCCCAGCCCAAGUUCAACCACUGACUCUACACAUAAACCCACUGUGACCGGAACUACUGUGGACAAGACAUCAGAACAAACUGUCAGUGCGACCACAACUAACACUACCCAUACCGGUGGUGGGCUUACGUCUUCAGAGAUAACAGUGACUGUGGUCUUUGGCAUUGGCCUUGGGUUGGUUGUGCUCGGGCUAAUAGCCUACAACCUUAAGAAGUGCAGGCGAAGAAGGUUUCCAUUCUCUCAUCAGCGACUCUACAAUAGCUCAGACGACACAGAGGACAUGUUUGCACCUCCUGAUGACACACUGGUCAUUUCUGGUGGGCUCUACAAUGGCACACAGAUGAGCCCUGGGGAUGUCAUGGCUGACCACACAUUUCCAGUUCAGCCUGCUCACAUGCGACUAGAGUUCCUAAAUGAUGCAAUGGAGAGGACCCCUGGAAAUCAGGCUUCAACUUUUCAAACCCAGCGAGUGCAAUCUUGAAUUGAAUGUGUCUUGUGAAGGGGAAGAAUCUAAUUUUCAUAUUUUAUUUUUUUUUACACCUUAUUGUGUAAAAACACCCUCAGAUAAUCAAGGUGUCAAAUGUUUCAUCCCCUUCUGGCAGCAAAAGGAAAGCCAAAGCUUUUUAUUUAAAGCGGUUAUAAACCCUAGACAAUGAUUUGUCACUUUGCAUACUGUAUGCUACUCUAACAAGCAGAAAUAACGGGAUACAAAGUAAGCGAUGCAUGUGCUUAUCACACGUGCAGAGCCUGGGUCUCACAACUACUGUGACUGAUGCUGAUGCAACUCCACACUCUCUGGCAUCAAGUCGUGCCUUUACCUCGUCACCAGCACAUGACAUAUGUGGGGUUUAAGAGACAACAGUAAAUGUAUUGGUUGAAUAUGUUUAUUAAAGGUAAUCUAUGAUACACAACACAAUAUUUAAAAAAAGAACAUCAUCUGAACAAAAUCUAAAUCAAUGGUAAUGUUAACAGUGCUGGUAGAUCAACAAUAAAAAAAUUACUGUACUUUAAACAGACAAAACAUGUACCACGGUUUGAACAAAAUGAUCAGUAAUGAUAGCUUAUGAAUAAAUAAAUGCAUAGAUAAUAAAUAUAUUGUCAGUACAAUAGCCAGUAACUGUAAUAACAAUGUGCAAUAACUGUAAAUAAAUUGUAAAAUCAAUAAAUGAACCUGUCAUUUUUUAAA